CACAUCUUCCUGGAGAAGGGGAGGGUGCGGCUGUAGAGAAUUGAGAUCUAGACGCUUUGGAUUCCUGUAUCUGAGAACGGACUCGUUGGGGCGAGGAAGGGGUUUGAGAUUGGGGACCUAGAAAAGGCUCAGCGCUUGUCAGGCCAACCUGAGACAUGUCGGACACAAGCAAGAGUGGUGCGGGUCUAACUCACUUCCAGGCUGAAGCUUCAGGAAAGGACAGCGACUCUAUGAUGCAGACUCUAUUGACAGUGACCCAGAAUUUGGAGGUCUCAGAGACACCCAAGGCCUCAAAGACACCAGAAGUCUCAGAGGCUGUGAAGGUCUCAAAAGCCCCAGGGGUCUCAAAAGCCACAGAGGUCUUAAAGGCACCAGAGGCUCAGGAGGGAGCUGCCACCCAAGCCUCACCUACCACUCAGCUGACUGAUACCCAGGUUUUGGCAGCUGAAAACAAGAGUUCAGCAGCUGACACCAAGAAGCAGAAUGCUGAUCCACAAGCAGUGACAAUGCCUGCCACUGAGACCAAAAAGGUCAGCUGUGUGGCUGAUACAGAGGUCAAUACAAAGGCCCUGGAGGCUGAGGCUGCUGCUUCUCAGUCCCUGGCAGGUGAACCUGAACCUGAGGGUACAGCUCCUCAGGCUCAGGAGAAUCAGGAUACUCGGCCCAAGGCCAAGGCCAAGAAAGCCCGAAAGGUGAAGCAUCUGGAUGGGGAAGAGGAUGGCAACAGUGAUCAGAGUCAGGAUUCUGGAACCACUGGUGGCCGAAGGGUCUCAAAGGCCCUAAUGGCCUCAAUGGCCCGCAGGGCUUCAAGAGGUCCCAUAGCCUUUUGGGCCCGCAGGGCAUCAAGGACUCGGUUGGCUGCUUGGGCCCGGAGAGCCUUGCUCUCCCUGAGGUCACCUAAAGCCCGUAGGGGAAAGGCUCGCCGUAGAGCUGCCAAGCUCCAGCCAUCUGAAGAGCCUGAAGUACCACCACCUCGGGAUGUGGCCCUUUUGCAAGGGAGGGCAAAUGAUUUGGUAAAGUACUUGUUGGCUAAAGACCAGACAAAGAUUCCCAUCAAGCGCUCAGACAUGCUGAAGGACAUCAUCAAAGAAUACACUGAUGUGUACCCUGAAAUCAUUGAACGAGCAGGCUAUUCUUUGGAGAAGGUAUUUGGCAUUCAGUUGAAGGAAAUUGAUAAGAAUGACCACUUGUACAUUCUUCUCAGUACCUUAGAGCCCACCGAUGCAGGCAUACUGGGAACGACCAAGGACUCACCCAAGCUUGGUCUCCUCAUGGUGCUUCUUAGCAUCAUCUUCAUGAAUGGAAAUCGGUCCAGUGAGGCUGUCAUCUGGGAGGUGCUGCGCAAGUUGGGGCUACGCCCUGGGAUUCAUCACUCUCUCUUUGGAGAUGUGAGGAAGCUCAUUACUGAUGAGUUUGUGAAGCAGAAGUACCUGGACUAUGCUAGAGUCCCCAAUAGCAAUCCCCCUGAGUAUGAGUUCUUCUGGGGCCUGCGCUCCUACCAUGAGACCAGCAAGAUGAAAGUCCUCAAGUUUGCCUGCAAGGUACAAAAGAAGGAUCCCAAGGAAUGGGCAACUCAGUACCGAGAGGCGAUGGAAGCAGAUUUGAAGGCUGCGGCUGAGGCAGCAGCUGAAGCCAAGGCGAGGGCUGAGAUUAGAGCUCAAAUGGGCAUAGGGCUCGGCUCUGAAAAUGCUGCUGGGCCCUGCAACUGGGAUGAAGCUGAUAUUGGACCCUGGGCCAAAGCCCGGAUCCAGGCAGGAGCUGAAGCUAAAGCCAAAGUCCAGGAGAGUGGUGGGACCAGUGCUGGUGCCAGUACCAGCAACAGUGCCAGCGCCAGCAGUGGCUUCAGUGCCAGCACCAGCCUGACUGCCACGCUCACAUUUGGGCUUUUUGCUGGCCUUGGUGGAACUGGUGCCAGCACCAGUGGCAGCUCUGGUGCCUGUGGUUUCUCCUACAAGUGAGAUUUCAGAUAUUGCUAAUAGUGGCAGUCUUUCUCUUCAAGCAAGGGUGCGUCCUCAGAAACCUACUCAACACAGCACUCUAGGCAGCCACUAUCAAUCAAAUGAAGUUGAUACUCUGCAUUAAAUCUAUUUGCUGUUCCUGA